CUGGCCUUCUUAUCUCGUAGCCCAUCGAGACAGCUCGAGACAGCACGUACGAUGACGAGCAUGGCCGGAAAGAACAGUGCAGGCACGAGAAGCGUGGAUUUCUUUCAAUGGCAAGACAAGGAUGCCGACGAGAAACUGUUUAACGGACCAUUCCAAGCUGAGCAGCGUAUUCAACGAGAGAUCCGAGUGAAUCCACGCAACGUCAAGGCUAUCUAUGACUUGCCAGAGGACAUCGACGUGUACAUUUGGCAGUACGAACACCUGCGUCAAGUUGUGAAGGAGCUGAAUAUUCUCGUUGCGUUGCUGGAUGGGGCGUGCACGAAGCAGUCGUGUACGAUCAUGAAGGCCACGGACGACUGGGUGUUCCUUUGCGCAGCUCACAAACAACCAAAGGAGUGUUGCGCGUUCGACUACAUUGUGCACACGUUGGACAAUGCGAAUCAACUCCUGACCUCAUCUCGGAUAUUUCCUUCCCGUGUCAGCAUCAACCGCGAUGCGACGCAGUACUUCCAGAGCGUUGCCCGACGUCUGUAUCGCAUCUUUUCACACACGUUUUUCCAUCAUCUUGACGUGUUUCAGCACUUUGAAGCGUCCACGUUCCUCUGCCAUCGCUUCGUGUACUUCUCCACUCAGUUCAACUUGAUCCCGAAGAACUUGCUCAUCAUUCCAGACAUGGGAUAGCUGAGAUGGCGUCAAGUAACAAAAGAUUUUAUAUCUCAAAAAGGCAUGUCGUGUGCUCGUGCUCGCAUUAGAGAGGUUGUGCCUAGUCUAUCUGUAAAAUCCAUGAUGCGAUGGGCUGUUUACGUCCGGCGAAGGUUGUUUAAACGAGCCUCCAGCUCACUAACGGCCGAGUCUCCCCCGCCAGCGCCAGCCGCAUCCACCGGCGCAGGAGGAAGAGAAGUUGCGUGUGAAGGCGCUGGAGCCGCCACAGCAGUAGGAGCUUGCACUGAUGGCGCUUCCAACAGCGCGCCAGACAUGUCGAUGCCAAUUUCGUCCAACACUUGCGAUACAAUCUUGUCUUCUUCCUCUUCGUCCUGGUCGGCAUCCAUCACGUCGUCGAUAGUGUCGCCAAGCAUUUCUUGCUGCAUUUCCAUUUUUUCGCUUUCCUUUGUGUACUCCAUCAUGAUCUUGUUCAGCCUUGGCAAGUUCAUUGUCUUCGCCAUCGACUUCAUGACCUUGGUCGUGCCUUGCAACGCUGACGUCAUCGCUUCUGCAGACUUGGCGGUUUCCAUUCGCAACGACACUGCUUGUAGUUGAGAUCGCAUCGUAUAAAACUUGGUGAUGUGCUGCCUUGUCCGUACCAAAUCCUUGGCCAUGAUCUUGACGGACGCAAUCUGGUUUUCCUUGGCCAUCUUCUUGAUUUCAAGGAUCAAUUUCUUCUCUGACAUUUGCAAGUUGGUGCGCUCGCGGUCAAGGUCACGGAUAGCCCGGUUGAUCUCGCGCUUGUUCUCGCGGAGUUGCUCCUUAAGCGUCGCCGGCUUGUUCCCCAUCGUGUUUCGCGCAGGUUGCAAAAUUC